AGUGAGGAAAGUAAAGGCACAGCUGCCUUGUCCUGGAGGCAGGUGUCACAGCAAGAAGGUGGCCAGUGUCUAGAGCGGCCUGUGGCUGGUGGAAGCAUUUCAAUGAGCAACGUCACCAGGGAGCGCCUCAGCCUGAGCCUCGGACUGUCUGUGUCUGCCCUGUUCUUUGUCACUGUCUACGGGGCAGGCAGCUCUCAUCUCCAGGCACGGGCGGGAGGAACCUGCAGCCGGAAAACAAGGAUCUUUCAACACAUGCCUGUCUAUAAACGAAGCACCGCAUCGUUAGAAUGAAAGAUAAAAACCAUAUGAUCAUCUCCCUAGGUGCAGAAAACGCAUUUGACAAAAUAGAACAUAUUUCCAUGAUAAAAACCCUCCACGAAUGGGGGCAGAGAAGUUGUAUAGCUCAAUACCACAAAGCCCACAUAACGACAAAACCCACAGCUGACAUCAUACGCAACAGUGAGAGGUUGAAAGCUUUCCCUCUAGAAUCAAGAACAAGGCAAGGCUGGUCAGAGACGUACCGGGUUAAAUUUCAAUCCUGGACGUUGAAAUGUGUUGAGGAUUGGUCCGUGGCUCAGAAAAUGCUUUAUCUUGGCGAACAUACUUGUACUUGAAAAGAAUGUGUAGUGGACACACAUGUGAAAUUCACAUCUCCUGUUUAGUGUUCUAAAGACAUCGGUCAAGGUGCAGGUUUCUGCGCGUGGUUCCGGGCAGCUGGGGAAUGAGACCCGAGUGUCGCUGUUCCUUCUGGAAGGGCUGGCCGACGCAGAGGCGUUGAGGCCCUUGCUCUUUGUGAUCUUUCUGCUGGUCCACAGCGUGGCUGGGCAUUGCCAGCCUUACUGUGAUGGACUCCCGACUCCACACUCCCAUGUACGACUUCUUAGUCAACCUCUCACUGCUGGACACUGCCUAUAUCUCCAGCACGGGGCCUCAGGUGCUGGAACACCUGCUGGCAGCAGUGCGGACCGUGCCCUAUUGUGCUUGUCUUCCCCAGAUCUUCUUUCUCCACUUCCUGGCUCCCUGGGAGUGCUUCCUGCUCACAGCCAUGGCCUAUGACCGCUAUGCAGCCAUCGGCCGGCCACCGCACCACCUAGUCCUCAUGGGCCGUCGGCGGACCCGGGCAGGAAUGGCUUCCACCUCCCUCCUGCUUGCCUUGGCCGAUGCGGUCGCCCACACCGUCCUUGCAGCUCCACUGAGGUUCUGCGGGCCUCGCCUCAUCACCCACUUCUCCUGCGGCCUCCCUCCACUGACCGGACUCUCUUGCUCAAGCACGUGGGCCAGCGAACUUGCCCUGUUCGUCUUCAGUUUCGUGCUGGCUCUUGCAGCCCGUGCCCCGGUUGCGAUCUCCUGUGUACGUGUUGUGGCUGCGAUUCUCAGGAUUCACUCCGCUGAGGGCCGAAGAGAAGCCUUUUCCACCUGUGGUGCUCACACCACCGUGGUCUGCAUUUUCUACAUCGCUCCAGUCCUCUGCUACAUCCUCCCCAGCUCCGCGUGCUCUGGCUUGCGGGACCGGGUGCUCCCUGUGCCGUACGUCGUCCUCACCCCCAUGCUCAACCCCGUCAUCUACAGCAUGCGAAACAAGGAGGUGAAGAGGGCUUUGUUCAAGGCCCUCGGGAAAGAAAGUGCCUCCUGGGCACCGGUCACAUCAAAUCAACGAGGAGUGUCCCCGGCUCAGGAGUUUCUCACAUCCGAAUGUGCUCCCAGUGCGAGGUGCCUGUCAGUCUCCACCUGCUCCACACCCCACCCUCGUCGCACACUGGAUGCCGUAUGGAUCCCUCCCUGUACAAUGUAUUACACGAAGGCACCAAUUUUGCUGUGGACCAGAGCCAGGCUGUGACGUUUGCAUGGGACAUGGGAAGGGGCGUGGCCCUCGUACACACUCUAGAGCCCCUCAUCCCACGACACGCACUCAGCAGCCGUAGUGUAAUGAUUGAUGAGGACAUGACUGCCCGAAUCAGCACGGCCGACGUCAGGUUCUCCUUCCAAUGCCCUGGGCGCAGGUAUGCACCUGCCUGGGUGGCCCCUGAAGCUCUGCACAAGAAGCCUGAAGAUACAAACAGACGCUGAGCAGACACGGGGAGUUUUGCAGUGCUUCUGUGGGAACUGGUGACACGGGAGGUACCCUUUGCUGACCUCUCCAACACGGAGAUUGGAAUGAAGGUGGCACUGGAAGGCCUUCGGCCUACCAUCCCACCAGGCAUUUACCCCCGUGUGUGUAAGCUCAUGAAGAUCUUCUCCAGGGUGGGGCUGGCACAUGCCAGUGCUUUGGGGGUGAAUCCAAUCACACAGGAGUUUGAAAUUUCAUGCACGUGAUCCAUUUGGUGAAUCCUAUUUUGGGUGCCAGGUUUCCCCCCAUUUUCAGCAACGAUCAAGUAUUUCUGUUGCUCUUUCCCCCCCCCCCCUUAUUCUAAAACACUGCUUUCUAUUUAUGGAAGUAAAACAUGGUCAUUGCA